AUGUUAUCUUUUUAAUCAUCAGGAUCAUCCAUCAUCUAAAAAACAAUGUCUAAAAUUGAAGAAAGCUUUUUGGAAGUAGGGAAUGAAAUAGAAGUAUUCUUAUAUUUCAUAUUACUUUUUAGACAGGUUUCUCUAGAAUUGAUGAGUUAAUUGAUUCAUUACUUCAUAUACCUUUUACAUGUAAGACUAAUUCAACAGAAUCACAUAUUGAACUACCUUAGAUAAAUUAAAUCAAUAUAUCAGAAAUUAACUAUUCAUCAUAGAUAAUUGAAAGUGUGACCCCUUUGAUAAAGUAAAUUAUCAAAGAAGAAAUUGAAAUUGUUUAAAAAAAUUUGAAAAUAAAUAACUAAUAAAAACUAUGUUAUGAGAAGGAAAAAAUGAAUUAAUAGAAAAACAUUGUAAAAGAAGUAAUUGAUUCUUAAGAAUUUAAAAUAAUACAAUCUAAUACUAUUUCUAUUGAAGGAGGUUAAGAAAUUAAUUUGUAGUAAUAAAAAUAAGUAAUAUAAAUAGGAAGUGAAUAGAAAUAAUUGGAAUAAGAUUAGUUGAUGAAUGAUUAAUAAGUUGAAGUUAAACUAAUUGAUGAUUCAAAUUCAUAGACUUCAUAAUGUUAUGCAAUAGUAUUUGAUAAAAAUGGAUCAAUUAUGAUUUCAACUUGUAUUAAUCAUAUUAAAAUAUGGAAUUUUGAUUAAGGAAUAUUGAAAUUAACUACUUCAUAUCAAAAACAUACAGAUGCUGUUAAUUGUUUAGUUUAUAGUAAACAAAACAAUUACUUUAUUUCAGGUUCACGAGAUAAAACUAUUAUCUGUUGGCAAUAAAUUAAUCAAAAAGAAUGGAUUUGUUCAUAACCAUACUAAAAACAUGAUGAAUGGGUUAAUUGUUUAAUGUUAAAUAAAUAAGAAGAUCAACUUAUUUCAGGAGGAGGUGAUAAAAAAAUAAUAGUUUGGUAGGUAAAUUUUAUGAAGAAUGAGUUGACUUUUCUGUAUUCUUUAGAUAAACAUGGAAAUAGUGUAAAAUCAUUAAGUUUUAACUAAAGUGAAUCUCUUAUGGCAUCAUGUGGGUAUUAAGAAUUUAUAAUUUGGGAGAAAGGAAUUGAAGAUAAAUGGGAAUUGAAAUUUAACUAAAGUCUUUUAAGUAUUUGUGGAUAUAAAAUUCUAUUUACUAAUGAUUAAUAAUUACUUUGGGUACCUUUAGAUAAGUAUAUUAAUGAUCUUUUAGUAUAUGAAAUGGAAAAUGGAGUCUUUAAAUUGAAUUCUAAUAAAACAAUUACUUUAAUUAGGAAUCAUGAAUGCGAAGAUAAAUCCAAUUUUCCAAUAAUACAUAAUAAAGAUAGAAGUAUAAUAUUGGUAAGACAUAAACAUGAAAUCUAUAUGAUUAAAGAGUUAAAUGAUGGUACAUUUAAAAUUAUUAAGUCUUUAAAGUGCUAAAGUGAAGAAUCUUCUGGUACUAUGACCAAUAAUGGAUAGUAUUUUGUAUUUUGGGAGAAAAAAAGUGCAAAAUAUUAAUCAUAUGAGAUAAUAUAUAAAUGA